UUGUGCUCUUAAACCUAAUCCAGUCUUUUUAGUGAUGGACUUGUGAUUAAUUAGGCUGUGUCUGUAGGCUAGGGUAUACCUCUUCUGUGACCAAAACAGUUCUGUCCAAGCAAAUGCCCUUGUUAGGAUAAUAUGCCAGCAUCGCUUGUGAGUCAUUCAUUCAUUCUGCUGUGGUGGUUCGGUAUUUUGUAGGGCUUGGUGUUUAAUAUGAUAGUUUGGGGAGCUUUCUUUAAAAAUACAUAAAAUUGCAGAAAGCAUGUAAACACAUUGGUAGGGCUCUUCCUGGGGCCUGGAGGAGGCUUGUGAAAGUGAGGGGCCCUAAAGCUUGAGCUUCUUCGGUUUAACAGUAAAUCAUCUCCACAUUUAAAGAUUUAUGGAACAUUCACUACAGGUAGUAUUAGGAGUUAUGAAGGAUAUGGAGGUUUCUAAAAGGGAAAAGAUGGAUAUGAGUUUUAGUAAUAGAGUCAUCCUAAGCAGACUCAGGACAAAACCCCUUGUAUUUUUUUCAUUCAAAUAUUUGUGGAAUACCUACUGUGUGCCAGGCACUAUGCUAAGCCCUGGAACAUAGCUGUGAAAACACUAGUCUCUGCCCCAUGGAGCUCAUAUUCAAGUGUCACCUGCACUGUGACUUGUAGAACUACGUAGCUUGCAAUGAAAAGAGCCACAGUGUUGAUCUUUCACUUUGGUGCCUGGUUUCUCUUUUUAACCCCUCUGCCCUUCUCGUUUUCAGACCUGUUCUGGGAGUGAGUGCCACAUGGUUAAAUCGGUGCUGAGAGAACCUUAGCCAUCCCAAGCAUUGAUGAAAGAAUCAUUGUUACCAGGGGGAGUGGGUUUGCUGACCUGUAACCACUCAAACCUUUCCCUGCCCUGACUGGUAUGAAAUAUUGAUAAGGAGCCAUUGUUUCUUCACCAAAGAUAGGCUCUGUUUUGGGGCUGAUUUCAGCUCAGCAUGGUAGGGCAAACCUGAAUGAGCAAUUUGUUCUGACUCCAGAGCUGUAGGUAGGGGUGUUUCUUUAUGUCCUGGUUCUAGAGGGGCAGCCAACCCCACGGUCUCAAAGAACGGAAGAAUUGGAUUCUAGAGACGUGAAGUGCUUGCCUGGUUGAUUACCUCUAGCCACUGCUCCCCUUGGCCACAGUGGGGCAGUGACUCAGAGCUGGAACUGUGUUCCUGCCUGGUUGCCAGAUUUUGUGUGGAGGGUGGAGAGGAAGGAGAAUGAAUGAGCAGGAGCAAGUGGCUACUGGAUUUGUAACACCUUGGGAGGCAGCUGCUCAAGAACCGAAAUUGAGAGACAGCAGGCAGGCUGGGAGUCUCCCUCCCUGUCUGACCUGAACCUAAGAUUUAAUAAGGCGGUGCAGCUGGGGAAGACACUAUCCGAAUGUGGAGCCCAAAGGGAGGGUGAGUGUGUCCCCUGCCUUUUCCGGUAAGAACAAGAAAGCAGGUUAGUCCUGUACUGGUUUCAUAGGGAUUCAGUUUGCUUUGGUAUAUUCUGAUUCAUGAAAGUCAAGUAAUGACUGAGAGAAAGGGAGUUUUCGAUGGUUGGGAGCACCUACAGUUAAAUAAAAACAACCACCAUCCAAUGUAAUUGGGCAUAAAUAAGACAUAAGUAUCAUUAACUACACCUCCCUGAUGUUAUUACAGAGUAUUUUGUUGGCAAGUGAGGUCGGGGAGGACAACUGGUCUGCCUCUGUCUCUGUGUUUGCAGUUUUGUGUAGUGUUGUUACAUUUCAGUCUGUAGCUCUGUGGAUGACAGUUUGAGAUGAACCGCAGCAUCUUAAAAUGCUACAGCUGGAGGGAACAUCCUGGAAACAUCUCCUGCUCCAGCCUUCUCAUUUUACAGUUGGGGAAACUGACUUAUUUAAGUGUACUAAAUGGAAGCAUAAAACUGGGUGUUCUAAGAUUAAAAAUGUUUCACAGGACAGGUUUGAAAACUUCUAUAGAAUGCGGCUUUUCUCGGGCCGCAGUUUCUGAACCUGUCGGGGAUGGAAGUGUGGCUGGUGGAAGGUGCCUCUUGAUCUUAAACCACUUUGCCUGCCAGGUGAGUUCUUUAAAUAGAAAUUUAAACAGGAGGCUGGGUGCUGUGCCUUAACUCAAAGGGAAGAAAAGAAAGCGUGUUCUUGAGCCUCUGUCCUAGAGCAGGCUGAACAUGCUGGAGUCUGCAAUGUGGAAAAAGGCAAAACAACUCUAUUGGAGUGCAGUUUUAGAGCUAGCCGAAGAUAAAUAUAGCAGGCACUGAAGGUUGAAGUGUCUACUGUGGGCUGGGAUGUUAUCAGUAUUCUUUAUAACAACAAUGCAGAGUCAGAAUUAAUCUUUUCUUUACAGAUAAACUCAGAAAAGCCACUAACUCGCUCAAGGUCAUGCACUACCAGUGUGUGGCAGAGCUGGGAUUUGAAUUCCAGUUUGUGUGGCUCUGAUCUGCCUGGGCUUCCUGCAGGCCUGUGUGGCCUUUCUAGAUGGAGAACCUACCUGCACCCCCCAUUUUACAGAUGAGGAAACUGAGGCCCAGGGAGGUUGAGUAGUUGCUUGGGCUGUAGAGCUAGCCGAUAGUGACAAAGCUGGUACUCAGCUCCUGUCACAUUGCCCCUCUGCCAACUUCCUUAAAAAAGAAAAUUAGGAAAGGGCUCUCUGAGUUUGAUUUGCUCAUUCUAUCAGAAUCUUGGCUUUAAUGUUCUCAUGGCUACUGGGAUCCUGUGAAAUCAAAAUUAAAACUUUCUAUUCACCAAGUAGCAACCCCAAGUCAUGGGGCUCCAUGUGGGAACUCAGGGGCCAGACAGUCUUGCGGUGUGGGUGACUCAGUCAGAAGAGUACUUUGCAAAAUGAAUUGGCCAUUGAGUGGAUCUGCAGAACUCUGGAGAACUUAAGAGAACCUAAUGAAAUGUAGAGGUUUGCAAAUCAUGCCAGAAGACUGUUAAAUCUAGAGCUUGGAAAAGACAGACUUCCCUCUUUGCAAGUUGUGAGGGCUUUAAGUUUGCUCAGUUAAUUUUGUGACUCCCUCAUGCCCAGCUCUGCCUGUGCCAGGCUCUAUUCCCUUUGGCACAUUUGGACACUGAACACAGUUACUAACUGCCCCUCAGGUGGGGGGUCUGGAGUUGGACGGGGUUUCCAUGUCGCUGCCCACAUUGGUAUGGAGUGUGUGCCAGAUGUGGACGGUAUGGGAAUGGGGAAGGUCUAGAAUUGCCCUGCUCUGUGCUCUCCAGGGCUGGUGGAGUCUUCAGAGCCUGUGGCCUUCUGCCUCCCCGUAUCUUUGAGGGCUCUGUGAUGCAUGGUGCUGCUGAAAUCAGAAAAUGACAUCGGUUCUGCACAGCCUCUCCCUGAAGGUGAUGUGUCUGUGCUCAGGCUGUUUUGAAGUAAAGGGGUUCAAGUGCCUACUCCAUGAAUAUUCUUUGCUGUAGGAGAUACGUAAGGAGUAAGGAAUGACUCCUCCCAACCCUUGGAUCUUACUUGAAGGGAAGGGACAGGGAGGAGAACAAACACACAUGAAAUAAGCAGAGAGCAAUACUAGCGAGGAUAUAAUCAGUCACCAAAUUGUAGGUUUCACGCCAAAACACUCUCCCAGUUCACGCAAGGGAGAUACAGGUGAUGUUUAUGUUAUCCUUCUGUGUGUUUUUAAUCACUCAGUAAUUUCCUAUCAGGUGUUUGCAUUCCUUUCUUUGAUUUUCUCAGUGGGGUGUAUUAACCCUCCUUUACAGGGGAGUUGAGGAAGUUGUAGGGGAGGGCUAAUUUCUCCAAAUUAUAUUGUAACACAGUUCAGGAGAACCAAGGAUGAAGUGUUCUUGGCAUGUUGGUGUCUCAUCCUUGCACUGGAAGUAAGAAUAGAAGCCAACUGCCUUCUGAUGGCUGAUGACCGUUAGGUUCUUGUCUCUGUUACUUGAGUCCAGAUUUCUGUAGGGCUAGCUAGUUCAUUUAGAGGCAAAAUUAGCUGGGCGUGGUGGUGCAUGCCUGUAAUCCCAGCUCUUUGUGAGGUGGAAGAGGGAGAAUCGCCUUGAGCCUGGGAGGCGGAAGUUGCAGUGAGCUGCGAUUGUGCCACUGCACUCCAGCCUGGGUGAAAGAAUGAGACUCCAUCUCUAAUAUCCGGAGGAAAGAGCAUCCAGGCUGCAAGGACAGCUACUACUAAGACUGUUAAGUAGGAAAGAGCUUGGUGUUCAAGCAACAAAAAGGCCAGUGUGGCUGGGCCAGCAUGGACAAGGGGAAGAAUGGCACUAGACAAAGAUGGAACCAGGCAGGAGUCAAGGCAUCUUAGCAUUUUGUAAGCUAAGGUAAGGAGCUUAUUUUUUACUCUGUGUGUAAAGUAGAGCUAUCGUAGAGUUUAAUGGAGGAGGGUGACAUGGUCUAGCUUAUAUUUUAAAAGAUCCAUGAGGCAUCCAGUGAGGAGAAUGGGUGCCACAGAGGCCAAGGUAGAAGCAGAAAGAGCCAGUAGGAGGCUGUUGCAGUAUCUAGUUAAGAGAUGAGUAGGGUGCUAGCUGUACGGAUGGAGAGGAGUGUGGAUGAAUUCAAUGUAUAUUUCAUAGAUAGAGGCAAUAGGACUUGGUUCUGUGUGCCUCACAUAUUGUACAUGGAGGUUAAAGAAAGGAGUAAAGGAUGAUUCCAAAGUCAUAGUGAUGUUAAUGGAAAUAGGGAAGCCUGGAGGAGUAUUGAGUUUCCGGGGAAGGGAGGCUCAUUCUAUUCUUGCCCUGUUAAAAUGUAGAUGCCUGUUAGUCAUUGCUAUAGUCAAGGUACAGUUAGGUUCAACAAACAUUAAUUGAGUACCUUCUGUAUGCCAGACAUUUGGCAAGGUUCUUUCAUGUAUGUUCCUUCAUUUUAUCAUCACAACAACCUUUUGGAGGGACAUUUUUAUCCCCUAUUUGCAAAUGGAAGAAUGGAGCCUCAGAGAGGUGAGGUGGCUUAUCUGGUUUGAACCCAGAUCUUCUGACCCUAGGGCUCUGGGCUGACUUGUUGCUUAGGGCGGAUGUUGAAGGAGGCUGAUUAGUGUUAUGUUGAUAGCUUCUACUUAAAGAGAGGAUGGGGACCUUACAUUGGCUCAUCAAGGCCUGAUUCUGGAAGAAGGGCCUGUCACAGGAAUGCCUAUGUGCAGUGAGCUGUCGUAAAUCUUGAUAUGGUCAAAAUAGUGCAAGCUUGAAAGACCAUUUCAGUAGAUUUUCAAUCCACUUAGAAAUGCCACAUUAAUGAUGAUGCUUUGCAUUAAGUGAGCAAUUUUGUGAAAAUGUUAAGUAAAAUUAGUCACAAGGAGCUUAAAAAACAAUUGAGGAAACAUAGAGAUGCUGUUUCAAAUCUUGAUUGCUACCUCUUUAUUGUGGGGCCCAAAUUGGAGCUGAAGGUGAAGAAGAGGCAAUUUCUUGUAUUCUCAGAGUUUCAAUUUCCAGUUUUGAGACCUAACUAGGAACAUUAUUAGGUUAUCCAGAAUCCUUGGUUUUCUCCAGACACUGGUAUUUAGAACAAAGAUAGUAAGUGGCUUUACAAGCCUGGGGUCAGUGCUGAAUGUGGCUGCAGGCCUGCAGGGUAACGCUUUUACAGUGUUCUGGGAGCCACACUGAGGAACCAGAAGGUCCAGAGGGGCAGAUACUGCUGAGCAUACCAAUGAGAAGAUCUUUAAUAGAGUCCCUCCUCAGACUUUUAGGCCAGAUACUUUUCUUACAUUUUAAGCUGUUUCUUCUCUUUAUAGCAUGGGCCAGAUAAGAGCUAGUGCUGACGGAGCAGAUUUGUCACACUCUCAGCAUACCAACACCAUUACUGUCAGAAAACCAGAUUUAUCAGGGUGCUCCGACCCCCACUGUUCUGUUAAGCAUCACUCACAUAAUGCCAGAACUUCUUGCCAUGCCAAAAAAAAUUGCUGUGCUAAGUAAUUGGAACCUUUAUGUUUAACCAACAGGAGUCACUGCUCAUAUUACAAUCAAAAUACAUAUGAAUAGAAAAUUAAUAUGGAAAAAUGCUGCAAGAAACCAUAGGAUGCAUUUACAUUUUGACUAGCCUUGUCUGUCAUUGUAGGUUGACUGUCUUACAUUGUACUUAAAUCAGUCUCCAGUUCUCUAUGGUCCUCACUUUAUUCUCUUAUCAAGUCUUUUGUAUUUGCUGUCAGACUUCUUUAGGGCUUAACCCAAGUACUUCCUGGCCCAGGGCUUGUGAAGACAUGCUUAUUUACGUGGAUGGUUACCCAUAGCCUGCUUUCACGGGAAUCAUCCUUCCCUGCCAUCUUCUGUCCAUGUUCCCUGGUCCUUUCCUAAGUGAGACUGGCUGCCAUUCAACUUCAAGGGGCUGCUUCUGGGAGGAAGAGCGGUAUUUGAAAAUGGAGGCUAGCUUGUGUUUACCUCAUUUGCCAAAUUACUUUCUCAGUAGCCUGAAGAGAAACAGAAGCCCUUGUGUGGAACAGAGAGAGUUUUUGUUCUCCCCUGAAACCAGCCACUUGGCUCUCAGCCGGGCCAUCUCUGUACUACCAUAGAGCAAGGUAGCAAUUCAGGUCUAAGAACAGGUAUUUCAGGGGAUGUGUCUGUGCCUGCUAAAUACUUCUUGAGACACAGUGAUAGGACAUGAGACUCUUCAUGGGUGUUAGAAUCAGGAAAUGGAGCUGACUGAGGGCUUUUGUGGCGGGGGAGCCAGGGACAGCGAGUAAAGCCAGAGGACUUUGCAAUCUCCAAAUGGGUUUGGGGAGCCAGCGUUUAAUAGGCAGCCUUUGUUUGGUGAAGGUGAGCCUGGAGUAGUGGAAAGAGAUCAAAAGGGUGGUGGUGUGCGGGGAACACAGGAGCCGACUGAGGUUAUAGGUAAAUCACCAUUCUUUAGGGACCUUACUUUUUUCAUUUGGAGCCUGGUGUGGUGAUACCUAACCUGCCCUUUUAGGUAUUUGUGAAUAUUGAAUGGAAUCGCCCAGGGACCUCACUCACAUCCCUUUGCUCAGAGUGCUGAACCAGAAGCUCUGCCAUUAGCAAGCUGAAUAUGUUUGAUCAAAAAUGAUGAAAUUUAGGCCGAGCACGGUGGCUCACACCUGUAAUCUUAGCACUUUGGGAGGCCCAAGGGGGUAGAUUGCUUGAGCUCAGGAGAUGGAGACCAGUCUGGGCAACAUGGUGAAACCCCAUCUCUUCUAAAAAAAAAAUUAGCCGGGCAUGGUGGUGUGCACCUGUAAGUCCCAGCUAGUUGGAGGACUGAGGCAGGAAUGUCGCUUGAACCCAGGAGGUCGAAGCUACUGUGAGCUGAGAUCGUUCCACUGCACUCCAGCCUCGGUGACAAAGUGAGACCUUGUCUCAAACAAAAGAAAAAAAAAGAAAGAAAUUUUAAGACUUCAGUAUUCAGAAGCCAUUACUCUGGUUCAUCUCUUUUCUCAAUGUAUGAGUCUUUUUGAAAAAAAAAAAAUUAGUGUUCUAGUAACAUCCCAUAACCUGGAACCUCAGUUUCCUUAUGUUUAACAUGGGGAUAAAAAUAUCUGCCCUGCUUACAUCAAUGGGUAGUUUGGAGGGGCAAAUAAGAUGAUGAAUGUAAGCACAGUUAAAGCUGCUUAGUUAAAGCUCCUUGUAAAUUGCAGUAGAUGGUGGUGGUGAUGAUGCUGUGACUGACAACUCUUUUGGCAAAGAAGGCAGCAUCCAUAUUAGGGAAAAAAGUUUGAAGAACUGUCUCUAGGUCUGAUCAAAUGACAGCUAUUUGUGUUGGCUUUUUAAAAAUUACCUUUCUUCUAAUGUUAGAAUGUAAAAUUCAUCUUAGUGCCUACACUCUGCAGCUCAAGAUUCAUUUACUUAGAACCCUGGGUUUAUUUAAGCUGGUACAAGUUGGGACGGGGAGCCCAGGAGUUGCUAUUAAGAUUGUGCAGUGUAUAUGAAGUGGUGGUCACUGGCUGCUGGAUCUGCCCCAGGCACAUAGAAGAUUUGCUCUUUACCCUUAUCUGCCAGAGAUCCAUCAGCUGAUCUUAUGGUAGAACUGAAGGCUGUUUGGGGACUACUGAGUGCCACACAAGUGCUGUCACUCAGAACUUUGGCCCUGGACAAAAGAGGAAAGGGGGAGAUAAAGAAUGAGAGGGAGUGGCAGCUGGGCUGUGCUUCUGAUGCCUUGUGUCUUUAGGGCUUUCUCAUCAUGGCCAGGAAGCUGCCCCAACUCAGACUCCUAAGGGAAAGGGAAAGCAGGUUAUCAUACAGAGAACAUACAAUUUAGAAAUAGAAGACCUGGAGUCAUGUUCCAGUCUUAUCACUUUUUUGUUUGUUUGUUUUUGGGACAGAGCCUCACUCUGUCACCUAGGUUGGAGUGCAGUGGUGCAAUCAUGGCUCACUGCAGCCUUGACCUCCUGGCUCGGGUGAUCCUCCCAACUCAGCCUCCCAAGCAGCUGGGACUACAGCCAUAACCAGCAGACCACAGCAUUCAGGCAUCCUGUGACGGGGCAGUUUUCUCCAGAAAAUAGUGAAUUCAUUCUUCAAGAAGAGCCGAAUCCACAUAUGUCGAAGCAAGACAGAAACCAAAGACCGUCCAGCAUGGUCAGUGAAACAUCCACGGCUGGGACCGCCUCCACCCUGGAGGCCAAGCCUGGACCCAAGAUCAUAAAGUCCAGCAAUAAAGUCCACAGCUUUGGGAAGAGAGACCAGGCCAUUCGGAGGAACCCCAAUGUUCCCGUGGUGGUGAGGGGCUGGCUGCACAAGCAGGACAGUUCUGGGAUGAGGCUGUGGAAAAGGAGGUGGUUUGUGCUUGCUGAUUACUGCUUAUUUUACUAUAAAGACAGCCGAGAAGAAGCGGUCCUCGGGAGCAUCCCCUUGCCCAGCUACGUGAUCUCUCCUGUGGCCCCUGAGGAUCGCAUAAGCCGCAAAUAUUCCUUUAAGGCUGUGCACACGGGGAUGCGAGCGCUCAUCUAUAACAGCUCCACGGCGGGCUCUCAGGCCGAGCAGUCAGGCAUGAGGACCUACUACUUCAGUGCCGACACCCAGGAGGACAUGAACGCUUGGGUCAGGGCCAUGAACCAGGCUGCACAGGUGCUGUCUCGAUCGUCACUGAAGAGGGAUAUGGAGAAGGUGGAGCGGCAGGCUGUCCCCCAGGCCAACCACACAGAGUCCUGUCACGAAUGUGGCCGGAUGGGACCUGGACAUACGAGAGAUUGUCCUCAUCGUGGCCAUGAUGACAUUGUCAACUUCGAGAGGCAGGAGCAGGAGGGAGAGCAGUACCGUUCCCAGAGGGACCCACUGGAGGGCAAGCGGGACCGGAGCAAGGCCAGGUCUCCGUACUCGCCAGCUGAGGAGGAUGCCUUGUUUAUGGAUUUACCCAGUGGCCCAAGAGGCCAGCAGGCACAGCCCCAACGGGCAGAGAAGAAUGGAAUGCUGCCUGCCUCAUAUGGCCCAGAACAGAAUGGGACUGGCGGGUACCAGCGGGCCUUUCCUCCCAGGACCAACCCUGAAAAACACAGCCAAAGGAAGAGCAAUCUGGCCCAGGUGGAGCACUGGGCAAGGGCCCAGAAAGGGGACAGCAGGAGUCUUCCCUUGGACCAGACGCUUCCUCGCCAGGGUCCUGGCCAAUCCCUGUCCUUCCCAGAAAACUACCAGACUCUUCCCAAGAGCACCCGACACCCCUCGGGGGGCUCCUCGCCACCUCCCCGAAACCUGCCAAGUGACUACAAGUAUGCGCAGGACCGAGCCAGCCACCUGAAGAUGUCGAGUGAAGAGCGCCGGGCUCACCGGGAUGGCACCGUGUGGCAGCUCUAUGAGUGGCAGCAGCGCCAGCAGUUCCGGCACGGCAGCCCCACGGCGCCCAUCUGCCUCGGCUCCCCAGAGUUCACCGACCAGGGCCGGAGCAGGAGCAUGCUAGAGGUGCCCCGCUCCAUCUCUGUGCCUCCAUCUCCUUCGGACAUCCCUCCCCCAGGACCCCCAAGGGUCUUCCCACCCCGGCGGCCACACACACCAGCAGAGCGAGUCACAGUGAAGCCACUGGACCAGAGGAGGAGUGUGGACAUCUCGCUGGGGGAUUCUCCAAGGAGGGCACGGGGCCACGCUGUCAAGAACUCAUCUCAUGUGGACCGACGCUCCAUGCCCUCCAUGGGUUACAUGACCCACACCGUCAGCGCUCCCAGUUUACAUGGAAAAUCGGCUGAUGAUACCUACCUCCAGCUGAAGAAAGACCUGGAGUACCUGGAUCUAAAGAUGACAGGCCGGGACCUUCUCAAGGAUCGAAGUCUGAAGCCUGUGAAGAUCGCUGAGAGCGACACUGACGUCAAACUGAGCAUCUUCUGUGAACAAGACAGGGUCCUCCAGGACUUGGAAGACAAGAUACGAGCCCUUAAAGAGAACAAAGACCAGCUAGAAUCUGUGCUGGAGGUGUUGCACAGACAGAUGGAGCAGUACCGAGACCAGCCCCAGCACUUGGAGAAGAUUGCCUACCAGCAGAAGUUGCUGCAGGAGGACCUUGUCCAUAUCCGAGCUGAGCUCUCCAGAGAGUCCACUGAGAUGGAAAAUGCUUGGAACGAAUACCUGAAGUUGGAGAAUGAUGUGGAACAGCUGAAGCAGACCCUGCAGGAGCAACACAGAAGAGCCUUUUUUUUCCAGGAGAAAUCGCAGAUACAGAAAGAUCUAUGGAGAAUUGAAGAUGUCACUGCAGGCCUGAGUGCAAAUAAGGAGAACUUCAGAAUUCUAGUGGAGUCAGUAAAAAAUCCGGAGAGAAAAACGGUGCCUUUGUUUCCUCACCCGCCUGUGCCUUCACUCUCAACUUCUGAGAGCAAGCCGCCCCCACAGCCCAGUCCUCCCACCAGCCCUGUGCGGACCCCUCUGGAGGUUCGACUGUUCCCCCAGCUGCAAACCUACGUGCCGUACCGACCUCACCCACCCCAGCUGAGGAAAGUGACAUCCCCCCUUCAGUCACCAACUAAGGCGAAGCCCAAAGUUCAGGAAGAUGAAGCACCUCCCAGGCCCCCACUCCCCGAACUCUACAGCCCAGAGGACCAGCCCCCGGCUGUGCCGCCUCUGCCAAGAGAGGCCACCAUCAUCCGGCACACAUCUGUGCGGGGCCUCAAGCGGCAGUCAGACGAGAGGAAGCGAGACCGGGAGCUGGGGCAGUGUGUGAACGGGGAUUCCAGGGUGGAGCUGCGGUCGUAUGUCAGUGAGCCUGAGCUGGCGACCCUCAGCGGGGACAUGGCCCAGCCCUCCCUGGGACUUGUGGGCCCUGAGAGCAGGUACCAGACGCUGCCAGGCAGAGGGCUCUCAGGGUCCACGUCAAGGCUCCAGCAGUCGUCCACCAUUGCUCCCUACGUCACACUCCGGAGGGGUCUCAAUGCCGAAAGCAGCAAGGCGACCUUCCCUAGACCUAAGAGUGCCUUGGAGCGCCUGUACUCAGGGGAUCACCAGCGAGGCAAGAUGAGUGCAGAGGAGCAGCUGGAGCGCAUGAAGCGACACCAGAAGGCCCUGGUCCGAGAGCGCAAGAGGACACUGGGCCAAGGGGAGAGGACGGGCCUGCCGUCAUCUCGCUACCUCAGCCGGCCGCUCCCUGGAGAUCUUGGCUCAUGGAAGCGUGAGCAGGACUUUGACCUGCAGUUGCUGGAACGGGUCGUGCAAGGGGAAAAAAAGGACAAGGAGGAGAAUGGCUGGUUGAAAGUGCAGGCCAUGCCUGUCACUGAGUUGGACCUGGAGCCUCAAGACUAUGACUUGGACAUCAGCAGAGAGCUGUCCAAACCAGAGAAGGUGUCAAUCCCUGAGCGCUACGUGGAGCUAGAUCCCGAAGAGCCACCCAGCCUUGAGGAGCUGCAGGCGCGGUACCGCAAAGCCGAGAAGAUCCGCAACAUCCUCGCCCGGUCAAGCAUGUGCAACCUACAGCCGACCUCAGGCCAGGACCAGAACAGUGUGGCUGACCUGGACUUGCAGCUGCAGGAGCAGGAGCGCAUCAUCAACAUCUCCUACGCCCUGGCCUCCGAGGCCUCCCAGCGUAGCAAGCAGGUGGCAGCACAGCAGCUGGCCCUCCUCCCGCCUAAAGGCCCCCUGUCUUCCAGGACGGUGCCACCUUACCCCCCUUUUACCAACGGACUCCACUACACCUUUGUCUAACACCUUCCAACCCAGGCAGUGACUGACCCGUGACCCAGCAUGCAAAGGAGAAGCCUGGAGCCAGGGGCCCAGUGGAACCAGCUUCCUCCAAGGAGAUGACCUUUCUGCCCCCAAGGAAACCCCUUCCAGCUGAGCAGGGAAUCCGGCUGGAGGAAGGAGCAGCUUACCGACUGCGGGUGUUCACCACAGGCCAGGCCCUAAUAUGCACCUACUAGUUAAGCUCAGACUCCUCUCUACAUAUGAAUGGCAAAGGCACUUUUGAUAUACACUGUAAAAUACACUGUAUUUUAGAAUCAGAAUCUAUUUUCUAAUGUUCCCCUCAAGGGCUGAGUGGCAGGAAGGUUAAGGAUGCAGGACUUUGCAGCUGCACGUACAGAUUCAGGUACUUCUGGGUGACAGGUGUUGGGGGGGCAGGAAGGGCGGGGCAAGCCGAGGCUAGUCCAACUUCCAAUGACCUCAGGAGAAAGUGAGAUUUGAAGAGGUGUUCCCAGUAGACUCCAGCAAGAGGCUGGUUGGCGUGCUGUCUGGGAGAAGAGGGGCCCUUGGCUGCAGAGAUCAGCUGUCCCUGACCUGAUGACCAGCUCUGUGUGAAACUCCACGAGGAUCACACGUGGAGCCUAAGUCUGUGCCUUGCCCCUUGGGUUUGGCUUAGGGGCAACAGUGUGUUCAAGAGGACUGGGGCCCACAACCUGCCCCCAGGCUUCCUCCAGCAAAAGGCUCAUGUCAGAAAGAAAAAAGCAGUUUGCUAUCUUUUUUUUUUUUGAGACGGAGUUUCACUCUUGUUGCCCAGGCUGGAGUGCAGUGGCACGAUGUCGGUUCACUGCACCCUCUGCCUCCUGGGUUCAAGUGAUUCUCCUGCCUCAGCCUCCCAAGUAGCUAGGAUUACAGGCAUGUGCCACCAUGCCCGGCUAAUUUUGUAUUUUUAGUAGAGACGGGGGUUUCUCCAUGUUGGUCAGGCUGGUCUCGAACUCCUGACCUCAGGUGAUUCAUCCGCUUUGGCAUCCCAAACUGUUAGGAUUACAGCCGUGAGCCACCACGCCCAGCCUGCUUUCAUUUUUAACAGUACACAAUGAAGUACAGAAAAGGUGAGAGGAAGCAACUUUCAUUGUAUCAUAGCAAUAAACUCCACACUGGGUGACAUCUACCUAGAAAUCCCUUCCCUCCAACCAGGCCAUGAUGGGAACCUUUGCUGCCUGCCCUUGGAGAACCCCGGACUGGCUUCCCUGGGACUCAGGUCUGGUGGCAGGAGGGCAGCAGUGUGCCCCCACCAUCCCUCAUGGCCUGCCGCCAGCAGGGCCAUAAUGGCAGGACUUUGAUUUGACUUCCAGCCCCACAUGAGGAAGGGGGCUACCAAGCCAGGUGCAGUGUUUGUGGCCCUUUAUUUAUGUUGUUUUCUUAUAUUAUUCUGCAUAUAAACAAUGACAUUUAAAUGGAAAAAACAACAACAACGAAAACCUCCAUUGGGUGGAGCCACACUUUAAAUGAAAAUUUCUCUUUGACUAUGCUCAGAAAAAAAAAUAGAAUUUUGAAUAUAUUCAGCAGUUGUUGUCUAUUUUUAACUAACUCCAUAUGCUGCCAGUAUCGACUUCAUGACAUUUGCCAAAAUAAAAUUUUAUUUUUGCCUUUAUAAGAUUUUCUUGGAAAAAAUGAAAUGAAUAUUUUGCAAGAAAAAGUUAAUUUAAAAAUGUAAUGGUUUGCAAAAAAAAAAUGUGAUGUACAGAUUAAAAUAUUAACCUGAUACAUUUCCUGUUUCUUGCUGGCUAUAGUCUCUGGUGAGUGGCCUGUGUACGUUUGUUUCCAUUUCUUUGGAAAAUCCCCACUGUCAGCUCUCAGCCCUGCUUCUAUUUACGUAUGAAAAGUUUCUUCUGGUGACGAUUCCUUGACAUUUGAUUGACUGUAGAGGCCUGGAGUGAGGAGGCCUGUGCUUCUGGGCCCCUGGCUAGGCUUCCACAGUUGCUCAAGGCAACCCCCUACCCCAUCCCAGUCAAAGAGCCGCCAGGCUGUGGACUCCCUUGUGGGGCUGGUUUGUCAGACAGACUGCAGUCCAAUUCAAGACAGCGCAGGGAACGCUGUGGGCCCCCUUCCAACCCACAUGCUGCCGGCUCGCUCCUGGGAGGCAGCUUAGUGACGGACCAUUGCAAACUGGAUUUGUAUUUAAUUCAUUUUGACUUGUGAUGUAUGCUCAAAACAGAAGGCAAGAAGCCAGUUCCAUUGAGGGGUGUGUAUAUUUCUGAGCUGUUGUUACGGCAGUUUUUCUCUACUGCCAAGAAGAGCUUCCGAGGUUCAUGGUGACUUUCCAACUAUUUAAACUGGGGAAAGUAGAUUCCAAGGCAUUCCGAACAGGGGGUACUGCUGCUUUUUUAGCUACUGAACUCUUUAAUUUUAAAAUAAAAUGUACUCUUUGGUUUUAAACAUUACUUGGAGAUGUCACCAUAACAGAUGAAGGGGGGUGGUGGUGGUGGUGAGAAUGAUUUCAUAACUGAGUGCAAAGCCCCUCAAACCAAAAAAGAAACCACACGGGAUGAUACCCACCCCACAGGGUGGCCAUCUGCAGACAUUUUCUCGGUGAAAACAUGCCAGUGGGUUUA